AUAAUAGGGUCGUGGUAACGGAAAAGAGACAGAAUAUACCAGUGAUGGUAAGUGGGAGCUAGAUAGAAGUUCGUAGUGACGCGCAAGCGCCGAUUUUGCGGCGUGGAGAACGCUUGCCAUCCGCGUGGCGCGAGUUAGAACUUGGCUUCGUGCUUUUAGUCUUGCCCCGUCCCUUCGUCCAUCCUCGUCCUUGCCCGUCUGCUUACUUGCUACGAUCAGCCCUCUAACCACCACCCUUACUUCUCGUUCACGCGGGAAAUUCACCCUCGUGCAUCAAGAACGCGUGCUACUCGUGCCUGAAAAAAGAAUCAACUCUCAUUUAUAAAACAAAAAUAUCAUUAUCUUUAAUCUGAAUUUAAAAUGAUUUUGUUACCGAAGUGCCUGUUCUCCUCCUCAUUCUAUCGAAGAAAAAACUUUAAUUACUAAACUAUUAAAUUGGAUAUCUUGGUAUAUAAUUUAAAAAAGUUGAUUAGGGGAGAGCUUUGAUGUCGAAUCUUUACAAAAACAAAAAAAUAGUCUUUAGUAAUCCUUUUUAUAAGUCAACGUAGUAACAUAAUGUCGGAAGAAUUAUUAUCUUGUCGAGAAUCUACAAUCACCAGAAGGAAUAACAAGUCAAAUACGGCUCAAAGAAGAUGGCGUAUCUUAGCAAAAGCUUUAACAGGCUCUUCGGAUUAUCAAGCAGAAUCAGACGAGGAGAUUUCCGUACGACGUUUCACAAGUUUUGGGUUACUUAAACCGAUUCUCUUGGAAAAUACUAUAACCGAUUCUGACUCUUGUUGGUACGAGUAUUCCGCCAUGUUGGAGAACGAACUCUUUGAAGUUCAGAUACGAAGAAUAAACAAGAAUUUUACUGCUAACGAACUCAUUGGAUUCAAUAACACCGGAAAUGUUUGCGUCUGGCCUUCCGAGGAGUGUUUAGCUUAUUAUUUGCUAAAGAAUCGUGCUAUUUGCCGAAACAGAAGCGUUCUCGAACUUGGUGGUGGUAUGAGUUGUCUUGCUGGUGUCCUCGUUGCGAAAUACUGCAAUCCGAGUGCGGUCACGCUCACCGACGGCAACGUUACCAGCGUCGAUAACGUUCGUUGUAUCGUCCUUAGAAACGACAUGGCCGAUUUCGUCGAGUGUGGAGUUCUACAAUGGGCUAGGGCUGCACGAGCCCUUAGGCAAGCUGCUGCGAAAAAUUGCAAUCGAAAGAUGACACGCAUCAUUGGCGAGGAGGAUGAUGGCUUACCAAGCAAGAAAGGAUUGUACGAGGUGAUCCUGUGCGCAGAUUGUCUCUUCUUCGACGAUGCCAGGCUUGACCUAGUCGAAACGAUUUAUGGUUGGCUUGCUGACGACGGUGUGGCUUUGGUGAUAGCACCUAGACGUGGAACGACGUUUCAGAAAUUCGCCGAAGCUGCGAUCAAACGUGGUUUCAUAGCCAGGCAAACUGAACGAUACGACAGCGAAGUCUGGUCGAGACAUCUGGAACUUUUGGAUCAGAGCCAGGAAUAUUCAGCCGAUCUGCAUUAUCCUGUACUCCUGGAACUUUGCAAGCAGAAAAAGACACCACCGGGAUGAUCGAGAUCCAUCGAGGAUGACGAUUAUGACCUUGACGAGAGUUUCACCGAAUGAAAUAUAUUUUUUUACUCUUUGAACAAACCUUAACGUGAUAUUGUCUCUCUCUCUCUCUCUCUCUCUCUUUCUUUGUAUUCUGUGAAGUUGUUUCUGAAUUAGGAAGAACAUUGGAGAUAAAUGAACGUUGUUUAUAUUUUAUGACAACGUAAGAAAAAUGAUGAAUUAUGAGGAUAUGUUCAAGAGUUCAAGGUUCAAUGAUGAUUGUUAAAAAUGAUCCUGGAAGAGAGUAUUUUGUCGUGUCGUUUGAAUUUUCGAAUCGAAAACUUUAAGAGCAAGUUAUCGUAGCACAGUGUAACGCGUAAAACCGAAUGGCAUCGUUGUUCAGCGUUAAUAACGUGUCAGCCAAAUUGACGAUGCUCCAUCGGCUUCCUAACAUCAUCUUAAGACUUAGACGACGUUGAAUAUGUUCUUGGAAUACUAUUCUCUAUCUUUCUGUCUCUCUUUCUCUCUAUCUCUUUAUUUCUUUCUCUCUCUCUCUCUCUCUCUCUCUCUAUCUCUCUCUCUCUCUCUCUAAGUUACUUAUUAAAGACCGUUUUCAUUAUGCUCGAAAAUGCAUCUCGUUGUGUACGAGCGUGCACGUGCAUUCUAAGUAUAAUAUUUAUACGAUGAAAAAGAUGUUUAAAUCUUACAAAUUAAGAAUAAAAAAACGGUAGUCAAUAUAAAAAAAAGAAAAACAAAGAAGAAAAGGAAAGAUUAUUUAGCUUUUUAAAUUGAUUGUUUUCCAUUGUUUAAAGAGUUUAGGAGACUAUUUAAGAGAGUCGUAUUCAAUUCGUACCUGAUUUUUCAUAGAACGAAAAAGUCAGUGUUCCGAUAUCUCAUUGUAUGAUAUAAUUGUAUGUGUGUGUAUGUGUAUGUGUGCUGAAAAAUUUCCAAGUUGUUUCUUACAAACAAUUUGAACAUAUGUUUGAAAUUUUGGGCAUCGAUAUAUUGAACGGGGAUAAAAAAAUAUAAAAGUUUGAAUUUUUUUUAAUUUUUAUCAAUGUUGAAAUUUCUUUAAAGAUUA